AUGUCUUUCUCUAAAUACUUCUUGUUAUUAAUAAUUUGUUCUGUUCUUUUUUUUCUGUAUGGUUUUAAUAAUAAAUUUGUUUACUCAUCCUAUUUAAAGGAUGACAAAAUAAAAUCAGUUUCUUUUGAGAAUAUACCAAAUGAACAGGAAGAAAAACUUUAUGGACAUUCUCCAUUUGGUCAGGAAUUAAUAAACUCCUUAUCCUUGACCUUAAAGCGUAUACCCUUAGUAGUCAUCGCGGAAAAAGUCAAGAGACAACUACAAAAAGCUGCCGAAAGUUUAGAACUAGGGAAUCCAAAUGAUGAAAUGUGUGAAAUAAACUAUUCAAAAUUAUGCCCAGAAGAUUGGAUUGAUAUGGGGGAUGGUAUAAGUUGUCUUAGUCCUUUAAACUAUAAGGGUCCAUGUGAAAAAAAAGUAAUAUUUAGAAAUGCAACUGCUAAAAGUAAAUAUAAUUUCUCUAUUAAUUGUAAUGUAUCUUGGCCUUGUACUAAAAUUUGUAUUGAAGAUUUUUCAAAAAAAUGUCCAGAAAAUUGGAUAUAUAAUAGUGAAAAUAAUAUAUGUGAAGCACCAAAAAAUUAUGCAGGUAAAUGUAUUAGAGAAAAAAACUUUGAUCAUUAUUCUCCAUCUGAAAAAAAAAUAUGGACACAAAUAUGUGAUAUAAAUUGGAGUUGUUAUGAUAAAAAUUAUAACUUUAAUAUAUUAUGUCCAUUGAAUUGGAAAAAUAAUCCAGAUAACAAAACAUGUUCUGCACCUAUUUCUUAUAUGGGACCAUGUAAUAAUAUUCUUUAUUUAUAUAAUUUCAGUGAUAAAGAAAAAAUUACCAUAUCUCAUAAAUGUAAUGUUGAAUGGCCAGUACAUGAAAAAAAAGAAAUUAAUUUUAAUUCGUUAUGUCCCAUUGGUUGGCAUAUAGUAGAUAUAAAAGAUAAUAUUUGUCAAAUACCUUUAUCAUAUAAUGGUCCAUGUAAACAAAAUAAAGAAAAUACGAAUAAUAUGAAAAAUAUAAAAAAUAUUAAUAAUAUGAAUAAUAUGGAUAACAUAAACAAUGUAGUAUCUUUUAAAAAUUUUAGUAAGGAACAAAAAUAUCAUUAUUCUCAAAGAUGUAAUGUUCAAUGGCCAUUAGAAAAUGGAAAUAUAAUUCAAAAUGAUCAUUCGUUUUGUCCUUAUAAUUGGAUUCUUAUAAAUGAAGAAGAACAUAUUUGUGUAGCUCCAAUAGAAUAUGAAGGUCCAUGCGAAAAUAUUUUCUCCUUCAAAAAUUAUACUGCACAUAUGAAAUCUACAUGGGCAUCUGCUUGUAAUGUCAUUUUUACGGAUACAAUAAAUGCCUAUGUAAAACUAGGAAGCAGAAAUAAGCAAAGAAGAAAUCAGAAAAUAUUUGGUGGUACAUCAAAAGACAAAAAUAUUUCUAAUAUAAUACAAAUUGGUCUUAAAAAUGGACCCAUGAAUAAUAUUGGACACGUGUUCAAUUAUGAUGAUGAAAAGGUUAAUAUGGAAGAGAAAAAAACAAAAAUAAUAAACAAUAAUAAUAAUAAUAUCAUUAAUAAUAAUCAUAUUGAUGAUGAAAUAAAUUUAAACAACCUUAUUGUAACCAAUAGCACAAUUACAGAUUUAAUUCUAUUAAAAGAAACAUCUGAUGAUCAACAACUAAAAGAAGAAAUAGAUGAAAUUAUAAAAAAUUUCAAACAAGGACAAAGUACUACUUAUACAAAAAAAAAUCAUAAUCUAGAAAAUAUGAAAUCUAACAACAAGGUUAAUAGGAAUAAUUUUUCAUUUAUUCAAAUUGGAGAACCAAACAAAUAUAAUGCGCAUCAUGAUAAAUUAAAAUUAAAAAGAAAAGAAAAGAAAAAAUAUAUACAUAUGAAUAAUAAUAUACAUGUGAAUAAAAAUAUACAUAUGAAUAAUAAUACAAAGCUUAAUGAUAAUGUAAGAAAAGAACAUCACAAAGAGGCGCCUAUUUUAUAUAAUAAUACAGAUAACAUAAAUGAAAUAAAAAAUUUAUAUGAGAAUUAUAAAAUAGAAAAAGAAAACAAUCCUUACCAUAAUUAUGAUAACCUUAAUCGUAUAUGUCAAAAUAAAAAUUAUAAUAUAUGUCCUAUUGGAUGGACUUAUAUAAAUCAUAAAAAAUGUUUAGCUCCAAAAUCAUAUAUAUCAAAAUUUUUAAGAACAUGUAAUUCUAUAUUAAAUUUAGAUGAUAUAGUAAAAACUAUUUAUGAUGUAACACAUGAUUUAUCAUUUGUUAGUAUUGAUAAAAAAAAAGGAGAAAUGUUAGAAAAAAAUUGUAAUUUAAAAUUUCCAUGUUUAGAAUGUGAAAGAGAUUAUGUAAGAGUUAAUUGUCCUUUGGGUUGGAAAGAUUUAGGAGAUGGUAAAUGUAAAUGUCCAUCAGAUUAUCCUUUAUAUCUUAAAAAUUUAUGUGGUAUUAUUGUAAAUUUUAAAUAUGCAAGUCCAUUAUUUAAAAAAAAUUGGAGUUAUCUAUGUAAAUCUGAUUGGCCUUGCUUUUCUAGUUGUGAAAAAGAUUAUGGAAAGAUUUGUCCUAUAGGAUAUAAAAUAAUAAAUGAACGAAGAGAAAAAAAUAAUGAACAUAUAUUUAUAUGUACAAAUGAAAAUUGGAAAGAUUAUAAAAAUGUAAAUAAUUAUUUAGUGAAUACAACUAAUUACAUACAAAAUAGAAAUUUAUGUCAUGUUAUAGAAAUAUAUAAUAGUAUGCUUUUAAAAAAAGAAAUAGAAAAAAAAUGUAAUGUUACAUGGCCUUGUAUUGAUAAAUGUGAAGAAAAUUUUUAUCAAACAUGUCCAUAUAAUUGGAUUUUCAAAGAUAAUAAAUGUAUUGCCCCAUAUUAUUAUGUACCUCCAAAAGGAUGUUCUCAAUCUUUUGAUAUUUUAAGUUUCAGCAAUUUUGAUAAAUUCCUUUACUCCAAUAAGUGUUUUGCUCCUUGGCCAUGUAAGGACAACUGCCAACCUGAUUGGAUCAAGCCUUGUCCUCAAAAAUGGACUCUAAAAAAGGUAAAGGAUAAACUUUCAAGUGUGACAAUAAAUGUGAGGAGUGACAAUGAACAUAGUAUUGAUAUGGACAAUAAUGUUGAUACAGAUGAUAAUGGUGACAAUGAAUAUAGUAUUGAUAUGGACAAUAAUAAUGAUAUUGGAAAUAAUUUUGAUCAUAAUAAUAGUUAUUAUAAUUAUCAUAGUGACGACAAUAAUAAUAAUAAUAAUAAUAUAGAUGAAUUGAAGGAUAAAACAUAUUCCACAUUUAUCUGUUUUCCUCCUAGUUCCUACAAAGGACCUUGCAAUCAACCAUAUGACUUAACAAAUUUCACUUUCUUACAAAAACAAGAUUUUUCAUUCAGAUGUAAUGUUCAAUGGCCAUGUGGAAGUUCUUCACAUUUUUCACGCCAUUGGCAAACUGAACAAAUAUAUGAUGAUAUUAAUUUUAAAAAAAGGAAUACUCUUAAAUUUUAUAAUUCCUUUCAUUCAUCUUCUUAUAUAAAAUAUAAAGAUGCUUUCUUUUAA